AUGUCGACCGCAGGCAAGCUGAGGAUCGGCUUUGUCCACCCUGACCUUGGAAUAGGAGGGGCAGAACGGCUGGUCGUCGACGCCGCAGUCGCUGUGCAGAAGCUAGGCCAUGAGGUGCUGGUCUUUACUUCCCGACAUGAUCCAUCGCGGUGCUUCGAGGAGACCAGAGAUGGCACGCUCAAAGUCCACGUCCUCGGCUCGUCCCUCCCCCAACGCCUUCCCUCCCCUCUUCCGGCUAUGACCAUCCUCUUCUCCCUCUUACGCUCCCUCCUCCUCUCUUUCCUCAUCGUCACUUCGACAUACCUACCCGCUCCUGCCGGCUUUGCAAACCCUCUCUCUCGACUUGCCCCCUUCGACGUCUUCUUCGUAGACCAACAAUCGGUCUGCGUGCCGUUUCUCCGGUUCUUCCUUGGCACAAGAGUGGUGUUCUACUGUCAUUUCCCAGACAAGCUGUUGAGCGGAGGAUGGGAAGUAGAUAUGGAUACCAAAGGGGAAGGGAGGGUGCAGGUGGGCGUGAAAGGACGAGGAUUGGCCCGCCGGAUAUAUAGGUGGCCGGUGGAUAAGCUGGAAGAGUGGACGACCGGUCAAUCAGAUGUCAUCCUGUCCAACUCGCAGUUCACUUCCCGCGUGUACGCCCGCUCAUUCCCCUCCCUCGCCAAGCGGAAACCAAGGGUCGUGUACCCCUGCAUCGACGUAUCCGCCUACAAAGCCAUUGACCGGAAAGGCAAGGGCAAGGAGAAGGCCACCGAAGAGGAUGGCGUCUCCCUCACCGCAUCUGAUCGCCCCACUUUGAUCUCUCUAAACCGCUACGAGGCCAAGAAGAACAUCCACCUCGCUAUCCGUUCCUUCGCCCAAGUCCUCGAUGCCUCCCCUCAUCUCAGACUCGUCCUCGCGGGAGGAUACGACAACUCGCUCGAGGACAACCUGCAUACCCUCUGGUCACUCCGGACUCUCGCCGAAUCGCUCAAUCUCACACAUCACACCCUUUCCUCUGCCAAAGCCGCCCCGCCCGACCCAGACGUUCAAGUCCUCUUCGUUCUCAACUUCAGCACCGCGCAGCGGACCCACCUUCUCACGCAGCCAUCUACGGUCGCGCUCCUCUACACGCCAGCGAAUGAGCACUUUGGCAUCGUACCCGUCGAGGCGAUGGCGUGCGGUCUACCCGUCCUCGCGGCCAACAGCGGGGGUCCCACAGAGAGCAUUGUCGACCUCGAAACUACCUCUUCCUCCUCCGAGCAAGUGACGGUCGGCAAUGACGCUGGCACAGGUUUGCUCCGCUCGCCCAAACCAGCCGAAUGGGCGCCAGCUAUCCGUCAGCUCUUGUCACUGUCGUCGGCGCAGCGUCAGGCCAUCAAGCAAGCGGGGAUGGACAGGGUCGCCGAGAACUUCUCUUCGGAGAAGUUGGGGAAGGAGGUAGAGGAGGCUUGCCGGCAAGCGUUGACAAUGGGAGACGUGCAUGGCCAGAUGGGGGAUAAGUUGAUAUGGGCGGGAACGGGGUUGAUGGCGUUUGCGGCGCUCAACCUGAGUAUAUUGCUCUGGUUCUACGGGGGAGCACCAGCAGGGUGA